GCGAGUUACCCUAUUUUAAGGCCAGGCUUUUCGUUGGAGGGGGCGAUAAUUGCGGGCGUCUCGGGUAAAGCCCUCCCCGUCCACCCUCAGGUGCAACAUGCCAGUAAGCAAAUCGCGGCCGACAAGCAGUACAAAGGCAUCGUGGACUGCAUCGUGCGCAUCCCCAAGGAGCAGGGCGUGCUGUCCUUCUGGAGGGGCAACCUGGCCAACGUCAUCCGCUACUUCCCCACGCAAGCCCUCAACUUCGCCUUUAAGGACAAGUACAAGCAGAUCUUCCUGGGGGGCGUGGACAAGCACACGCAAUUCUGGAGGUAUUUCGCUGGCAAUCUGGCCUCUGGAGGCGCGGCCGGAGCCACCUCCCUCUGCUUCGUCUACCCGCUGGAUUUCGCCAGAACCCGCCUGGCAGCCGACGUGGGGAAGUCCGGCAAGGAGCGGGAAUUCAAAGGCCUUGGAGACUGUCUGGUGAAGAUCACCAAGUCUGAUGGCGUCCGAGGCCUGUACCAGGGCUUCAACGUCUCCGUGCAGGGCAUCAUUAUCUACCGGGCCGCCUACUUCGGCGUGUAUGACACCGCCAAAGGCAUGCUCCCCGACCCCAAGAACACCCACAUCGUGGUGAGCUGGAUGAUCGCGCAGACGGUGACGGCCGUGGCCGGCGUGGUCUCCUACCCCUUCGACACCGUGCGCCGGCGGAUGAUGAUGCAGUCGGGCCGCAAAGGAGCCGACAUCAUGUACAGGGGCACCCUGGACUGCUGGCGCAAGAUCUUCAGAGACGAAGGGGGCAAAGCCUUCUUCAAGGGCGCCUGGUCCAACGUCCUGCGCGGCAUGGGCGGCGCCUUCGUGCUGGUCCUGUACGACGAACUGAAGAAGGUCAUCUAGGCGCCGCGGGCCCGGGCCCGCAGGGCCCCGGAGAGUGAUACUGACACCUAACUGUUACGGACCACUGACCUUCGAGAAAUUCCAGGCCUUGCGGAGGGCCGGGCAGCUCCGGCCGAGGGCGCGUUGUCAGCGCGGCCGUCGGCACCGUGGGUCCAUGCGUUGAUUGGGGGGAGGGGAAUCAUGGUGUCUUCGUGGGUCCACAGGUGAGGCAGCUCCGCCAAGGCAGACCUAGACUCCAGGUGCUUGUAGGACCAACCCGUGUUUAAGUAUUUAUUUAAAACAAAUCAUGUCUCCCAUUUGUACUUAAGCACUAUUCUCUUUUGCACAGCCGAAUACUUGCAAUUACGUUGUACGUUGGGCAUUCCGCUACAGAAUAAAACCGGGACUCAAGA